UCAAGUGUUUGUGUAACGCCCUCAAUCCCACAUUAGAAGAAUGUGUAGAUAAGGAAUGAUAUAUAUGUAGAAAUCUAAACCCAACCUUAUGAGGCAACUUUUGUGGGACAAAACCGUGAAACCUUCAAGUCAAAGUGGACAAUACCUCGCAAGUUAGGUGCAAGUCUCCAUAGUUUGAUAAAUAAAAUGUGAUCACCUUGACUCUAUCUAUAGCCAAAUCUCACCAUUGCUUUAGUUAACCUUUCAAACCACGCCCUUGGUGAUUGUUUUAACCUGUACAAGGCCUUUUUGAACUUAAAGACUUUAUUAGGACCAAACUCUUCCUCAAAUCCUGGUGAGGGUUCCAUGUACACUGCUUCCAAAUCUCCAUUGUAUCAAAUUGUUGGAGUUCCCAUUCAAAAUGAAUAGCAAGGGACAAUAGAAUUCUUACUGUAUUCAUGUUUGCUACUGGAGCAAAGGUUUCUCGAUAGUCUAUCCCAUAAGUCGAUGUAUAGCCUUUCGCAACUAACCUUGCUUUAUAUCUCUCAAGAGUUCUAUGUGAUUUAAACUUCAUAGUAUAAAUCCACUUGCAAACAAUUGUUCUCUUGCCUUUAAGACAUGAAACAAUGUUCCAAGUAUUAUUAUUUUCCAAGGCCCUCAUCUCUUCCCUCAUUGCACGUCCAAUUUUUGUCUCCUAAAGCUUCUUGUACUGUUUUUUGGAAUUUCAAAUGUGUGGGAAAACAUUUAGUUACAAGUGGUUGUAUUUUGUAAUCUGUUGAUUGUAAUCUGUAUAUAUCUGUAUCCCUAAAAUUGAGAAUUUGUAUCUCUAGAAUUAAGGACAGAAUAUCAGGAUAGACAAUUCCUUGAUUUGUAAGGAUUAGAUUUAGGAAUAUUUAGUUUCCUAGUUUACUCUCUAGUUAGUUGUUUUUAAAUCUAUGGUGUUUGUAUGAUUCGUAACACAAGUUUUCAAUAUACUCUCAUUUUUUCCACAUGGUAUCAGAGCUUUAGACUCUUAUUGGGAAGAAAAUUUCUCAGCCUUCAUUGCCGAAUUUUUUUUUUAGGCCUUCAUAGCCAAAUUUUGUUAAAUCUAUCAUACUUUUAUUUUGUUCCUUUUUGGCCUUCAUUGCCUAUACUUGUUUCAGUCCUGAGAAAGGUAAUCAUGUCAUAAAUAGCAGAAUCUGCCGCUACUACUCGAUUUGGAGAAGUAACAACUGGUCAAACCACAGUGAAACUAUAGAAUAUCCAAGCUGCAUACAGGUUGAAUGGAAAGAACUACUUGAAGUGGUCUCAGUUGGUUCAAACCUUUCUAAAAGGGAAAGGAAAAUUGAGCCAUCUUCUUGGCACUGGUCCUGAGAAAGGAGAUCCAAAAUUUGAGGCUUGGGAUGAAGAGGAUUCUAUGGUUAUGUCAUGGCUGUGGAAUUCUAUGACGCCAGAUAUUAGUGACACUUAUAUGUUUUUGUCCACGGCCAAAGACAUUUGGGAAUCAAUUCGUCAAACCUAUUCCAAAGUUAAAGAUGCUGCUCAAGUCUAUGAGGUCAAGAUCAAGACUGCAGCUCUCAAACAAGGGAAUAAGUCAGUCACAGAGUAUGCUAUUCUUCUUAAAAAUCUUUGGCAAGAGAUGGAUCACUAUCGGUGCAUAGAAAUGAAAUGCAGUGAAGAUGCAACAACUUUGAAGAAAUUUAUUGAAAAAGAUCGAGUCUAUGAUUUUCUUGCUGGACUGAAUGUUGAGUUUGAUCAAGUCAGAGUCCAAAUUCUAGGAAAACAAGAUCUGCCUUCUUUAAAUGAAGUGAUAUCCAUGGUUAGAGCAGAAGAGGAGUGAUGCUUGACAGUGUGCAUGUAGAAGGAUCUGCUAUGGUCUCUAAUGGUGGGAAGAACCAAAGCUUAGAACAAUUACCAGUCAGUGAGAAUGGGAAAGGUGAUUCGGCUAAAACUUCAAAUCGUGACAAUCUUUGGUGCACCUAUUGCAAGAAGCCAAGGCACACCAGAGAUCGUUGCUGGAAACUACAUGGAAAACCUUCAACUUCAAGCAAAGAAUGGGGUUAUAAAGGAGGACAGCCAAGAAAUCAAGGACAAGCUCACGUGACUGCAAUGGAGUUAAGCCAGGAGAAGUCUCAGAAACAAGGAGAGUUGGAUAAAAAAGAGAUUGAGAAACUGCGAAGCCUAUUGGGAACUCUUGA